ACUAAAAAAUAUAGUAGAGAGUUUACCAUUUAUACCAGUAAAGUUCAAACAAACCACUCAUAUGCCAGUAGGAUUUUUAAAGUACUAAUGAGAAUUUACAUUAACUCAGAGAGCUUUACAAAAAUAACCAACUUCAUUUGUUAAUGUUCUUUAUUAUGUUUGGAAAAUCAGAAAAAUCACAUGAUGCGCCACUUUUCCAGGUGUCACCUAUAUCCUCUCAAUCAUUGUCUUCACCUUUGUCAUCGAAGAAAUCCAAUCAAACAAUAGUGAGUUCGAAAAAAUUACAUAAUCCAUUGGAUAAUGAAAUCUUUCUAAUACAACCACCGAACACUACUGUUUGUAUUGGUGACAAUAAUCAUAAUAAAAAUGAGGAUUUUCAACACACUGUAUGUCAAACAGUAAACAAGAAAAAUGAUAAGAGAAGCACUAAAGAGAAAGAUAAUGGUCGAAAAUCGUCCUUAUGUAGUCGACUUUUUCCUUGUUGCGUUAGUAGACAGUCUAAACCAGCAAAAAAUUCUUCUUUUUUUACUAGACCAAAUGAUAACGACGAUGGUUAUGACAAUAAUGAUAAUCAUAAAGAUACUGGGAAUAAACAAAAACUAAUCACUGAGUCACCGGCUACAGAAGUUGAUUAUUUAGAUAAUUCAGAUGAAGCUACUUUAAGAUUAAAGGAUUCUUUUAAGACAUAUGAAGAACGUCAGAAAUAUAAAUCUAUCAUCCAGGAUGCUCCAUUGUAUCAAAUAUAUACAGAGAAGGCUUCAAUAAGUGAAUCAAGACGUGAUGCACGAAGACUAUUAGCUCUUGUUCAACCUGGCUCUUUGGAUAAUCCAUCAAAUAAUUUAAAAUUUGAUGAUGAAUUAUUUACUGCAAUAGAUGGUGAUGAAUCCGAUCCAAAUAAUCAGUAUUCCCAAAAAGUACCUGGUAAUUUGAUAGAUAGUCAGCAAUCAUCAGUUCGUAUGAAAAAUUCUGAGCGAAGAGAUUUCCCAUUUCAUCCACAGAAUAGCGGCUCUUCCUCAUUCAGAUCAAGGAAUGGUGACUCACUGAAAACCUCUUCAGUUAAGCGGACUUAUUCAAAUUCUAAUGCUAGUGAAAGAAGUGGAAAUCAAAAUUCUAUUUCUAAGCCGCGAAGACAGACUCAAGAAGUCCAGAAUUUCGUGAAUGAAGUUGCUGGAACUGGACCGAAUCGUGUACAGUGGUCUGAAAUGCCUCAAGUAAUCAGUGCACGUUUGGCUAGGGACCUACCUGAUUAUCAAAAAAAGUUGCAAGAGGCACUGUUUGAAGUUAUAACGUCAGAAGCGUCUUACUAUCGAACCCUGCAUAUUUUAAUAGAAAAGUUUUAUAAAGCUCAGUGUAUGCAGCCAGAUUCUAAAACAUCUGUUAUAACAGCUAUUGAGAAACGACACUUAUUUUCAAAUAUAUCGGAAAUAUUUUUCACUAGUGAAACAUUUCUUCGAGAUAUGGAAUUAUAUUUUAUUCAAAAUCCACUAAUACCUCAAUUAUGUGAAAUUAUUUAUGAACAUACUGAGAAUCAUUUUGAAAAUUAUGUAAAAUAUGUACAAAAUCAAAUGUACCAAUUAAGAACACUAACGAAAUUAUUAUCCUCUCCUGCUUUUGUAGAAGCUGUUCGUUCAAUACAGCAACAACCAAGCUGUGGAUUCCUAGAUCUUAAUUCCUUCCUAUUACUUCCAAUGCAACGUGUUACACGUUUACGUCUUUUAUUGACUGCUAUCUUACAUUAUGCUCCUAAAAACGGUGUUACAUAUCAAAGUGGUUUGGUAGCCCUUGCAUCUAUAGAAAAACUUAUAAGUAAAUGUGAUUCAGAAAAAGCUCGUAUGGAACAAAAAGAACGUCUUGUAGAAAUUUGUAGAAGAUUAGAAUACAAAUAUGAUGCAAAGUCUUUGGCUACGGAAAGUCGGACGCUUGUAAAAGAAGGUGAUCUACAUCUUUUAACAAUGACCAAUGUACAGGGUAGUGGAUUCCACCGUCGUUUCAGCAGUAUUCGUAAACCCAAAGCAACAAUAGCAACUCUAUUUCUAUUUAGUGAUUACUUACUGAUUACCAAAAAGCGAAGGUAAUGUGUACUUUUAGAUCUCCGUUUUACUUUUGUUUAAACUCUUGUUGUCCUCAACCAAUAUUCACUACUACUUUAUAAUUUUGUCAAAAGAAUGAUAGAACACAGUGAUAUAAGCCAACAGCUAUGUUUAGUAGAUCAAUAAACUACAUGAAACAUCCUAACAGGUUAUCAGGUGUUAAUAUUUUAUGGUUGCAAAUCAACUUGAAUUAUUGUGUCAGGAUGAUGUAAUCCUGUUUGAUGUGGUUUAAUUUUUUAUAUCUUAACCAGUUUCCAAUAUAAAUAGAAUGAAGAGAUAAUCAAGUUUUAACCGAAGUGGCUGGUAUCAAUAACAUCUACCCUGACCCUUUUAAGGGACUGCAAUAUGUAUUCCUAAGAACGACAUCAAAUUGAUUAGAGCUAGGCUUUUUAAUUUAAAAUCCUUAUGGCAAUGAAUUUCAUUCUAAUGGGAACCAAAAUGUACUCAGAAAACCCUCACCAGUAGUAAACGUUUUAUAACUAUCUCUGUAAGUAUUUGAAUGGUGAGCGAUUUAUUAUUUAAACUCAUGUAACUCAGAUGACAUUUUGAGAUGGAAUCAUCAGUGUACACGCUCAUAUAUCACUUAUCAAAUGAAAAUGACUAAUUAUUUGUUGUAGUCCUCCAAUUUGACUUUCUGCUUUUAUUGAGUAGUUUCACUUCAAGUACUUGCUAUCAUCUUUUGAUUUUUUAUUAUAGAAUAAAUAACAUUAGAUUCUUUAUUAAACAUUCACAAAGUUAUUGAAAUUUAGUGAUUCUGAAUUUCUAUGCUGCAUUAAAUCAAAAUUUCUCCUAUGAUUAACUUAAUGAUCCCUAUUUUGCCAAGAAACAGAUAUUUCGCAAAAAUACCCAUUUAUUGAAUUCAUUUUUAAAAUCUGUACAGUUGUAUUCACAUCAAAUAACUGGUGUGAUGAACACGUUGUAUGUAUUGUACAUGUGUAUAAUGUACGAAAUUCGUAGAAAGCAUUCUUAUUAGUAGGUGAAUUAGUUUAUAAAGAAAUCAUUAAACGGCCUAGAAAUUACAACUUAUGUAAUAGAGUAAAUGUCAAGACACGACUAUAUGAUGCGAGAUUAUGGUGUAAUUAUUCAAGUAGAUAGGUAAAAAUCAUUGUAAUUAACUGUGGUUAGAUAAUUCCCCGAAUCGAAUAAAUUAGGUUAAAUGAAUUCAACUGGGAAAUGUCCGCAUUUAAUAAACUAAGAGGGAUGAGAUUACAUUUGAAUUGUAGAUAAAAAGAAGGAAAAAUAAAAACGAAACUAAUCGCAUGGAGGAGAAAAUGAAGCUCUGUCAUUAACAAUGCUUCUAUAGUUAAAUAUCUGACUCUAAAUUAAGUAUUGAUAUAGUAGUUUUCAUGAAAAUGAGGUAUAUGGAUACGAGUUCACUAGAUUAGGUUUAGUCUUCUACGUAAGACCUAACGAAGAGUUCGCUACUACGCAGUUAUUGUCAAUUAUGUGGUGUAAAAUAGAUGGUUUAGUUAUUUUCAUUUAUCCUUUAGUGAGUCCUCUGUUAUAACGUGUGAUCCGCCUAUUAGAGAGCAGCCUAUUAUCGAUCGAAACAGUGACGCAUAAAACACGAGCGAGCAGCCUAGAGCUCUGAUUGUUCCUGCUUCCCUGUCUAGCCCAGCCAAUUGAGUCCAGAACACAAGUCUCAGCCUCGGAGAUAUGAAUCGUUAUAUUUCAAACAUACACUGUACAUAUACCAAACAAACAGACUACAUCGUACCAUGAAUAGAAAGUAACAUUUGUACAAGAUUUAACCUUCAGGAAAUGACACAAACAAAUAUUGACCAAUAAGGAGAUGACACGUUGGAAGAAUGUUGACCAAUGGGGA